UUAUUAUUAUUAUCAGAGUUUGGGUCUGAGGAGAGUUUUAAACUGGAAGUGUACAUCCCCUUUAAAGGCCAGCGUCAAAUGAAAUCACUUCCUGUAUAAAUGUAGCACUAUUAUUAAAAAGGUAGUCAUCAUUCUAAAGACGACAACUCAUCGGUGAAAAUGUUCAGCAAGACACAGGAGCAAAACAUGGAAUUAGAGGCCAUUUAUGAAAGUGAUGAAGACACCACUGGACCUCAAACACUGAGUCACAGCCAGGCUAAAGGAAAAGCUCGAGAGUGCAGAGGAAGUAGAAGUUUGGAGUUUAUCACAGUGGGUCUCGGGCUCAUUUGUGUUCUUCUGCUGGUCUUCAUUAUACUGCAGCACACCACCAUCACAGCAGAGAGAGACCUGAUAAAGAGUUACAAGAACACAGUUGAACAGUUCAAUCAAACCAUCAACAGCUUACAGGACAAUCACACUGAUUUAACACAGAACAACCUGGUACUGGAGACCAAAGUCAAAGAUCUCACUGCUGAGAAAAAACAGUUACAGAGAGAUUUUAAUUCUUUGGGUCAGAAGAAUCUGGAGUUAGGAAGCAAAGUCAGGUCUCUGAGUACUGAACUGAAGAGAAACGUUUGUAAAGGAGGAAAUCGGUCUAGUGUAGAUGGCUUGUUCAUUUCCAAAAAGGCGAUGAGCUGGUCUGACAGCAGACAGUACUGCAGGGAUCGUGCUGCUGAUUUGGUCAUAAUCAACACUGAAGAGAAGCAGAUACUCAUAUCAUCAUUAGUCAAUGAGAGACUGUGGAUUGGUUUGUCUGACACAGAGAAUGAGGGCAAUUUGACAUGGGUGGACAAUUCACCACUGAAUCAAGGGUUUUGGGACGAAGGUGAGCCGAAUGAUGAACAUGGAAUUGAGGACUGUGUUGAAAUUAGGGCUGAUGUUCCGUUCAUCCUGAACAACUGGAAUGAUCUCCCAUGUUCAGAGAAGAGAAAAGGGAUUUGUGAGAAAUAGGUUUCAUCCUGUCUUGUCUCGGUUAUACUUGUAUUAUAUUAUGUUAUUAUUCUUGUUGUGAUUGCAAAAUUUUCUGUAAUAUACAAAAUCACCAGCUGAUAUUGAGUUGAUCACUAUUUUCUUAGCUAUAAUAAAUAAAAUAUCCUGUUUCUCAUGAUUUCUUAUGAAUUAUGGUGAUGGGACACCAAA